UUCGAAUUACAUCCAUUCCGAUUAACUUAAUUAGAGUUUAAUCGAAACUGGAUGUUUGGGGUGUCCACCGUCUACGGCAUCCACGCGUGUCUGUUGACAUACGACGGACAGCGGGAUUAGCGGGAGCGGCGAAGCGCGCGUUAACUAAACAUUAACCUCGCACGGAAGAUGGCGGACGACGACGUGAACGGAGACUCGGACGAUGUGCAGCAGGAGAAGUCGCAGAAGAAGGCGGCCAAGUAUGACAGCGGUGCAGCGGAUCUGGAAAAAGUGACCGAUUAUGCCGAGGAGAAAGAGAUCUCGUCGUCUGAUGGAUUUUCCUGUGCUCUCAGCAUAAUCGGCGACCGUCGCGACAAGGAGGCUGCGGAGAAAAAGGCGAAGGAGAAGGAGCUGCUCAAAGUAUCUAUUAAGAAGGAGGAUGUCGAUUUGAUCAUGAAAGAGAUGGAGAUCAGUCGGAUUUUGGCUGAACAGACUCUCAGGGAACAUAGAGGCGAUAUUGUAGAGGCGCAUGAGCAGCAACAAUUAAUGAUAAUGACACAGAUUGGAAUUGCAAUGCUGUUUGGAUUAGGCAUCUUUGGCUUGGUCGCAUUUUACUGUAAAGUGUGCUAUAAACCGAUCCAAACGUCAACGCGAACGCGCAGAAGACGUGUCGUGCGCGAGGAAGGUGACCUGACGACAUAUUGCAGCACCAUCGAAGGUCAGGAGAGACCACCUACAUAUAAUGAAGCUGUUCGUAAUACUUCAUCCACCAACACGCAUUCCGACAGUGCUCCUCCUCUUUACACGUCUCCCUACAACAGGAUGUCCAUGUCGGAAGCUCCACCAUCGUAUCCAGGAACGCCGAAAUUGCAAAAAAAGAUUCUUCACCAAAGUUCCAACGAGCUCCCUUCCUCGUCUCCCGUUGUUCAGCACAUGUAACGAUACUCUCACAGAUACAAAUAAUUCAUUCGCUGCGUA